AUGUCCGCUCCGCCAGUGUACACCGCACAGCCGCAACCGUACUACAACCCUUAUGGCCAACCCCAAGUCGUCCAGGGCGUCUACCCCACGGGCAGCCCCUAUCCGCCGCCCCCGCCCGGCAUGGGCGCCCACGUCAUCUACCAGCAGCCCCAGCAAGUCAUAGUUGUCGACGAUUGCCACAGCCACCACCAUCAUCACCACCGCGAGAAUCGAGACGCCGAAGAUUGCUGCCUAUUCACAAAACGCCGCUUCAGCAAGGCCCAAUCAAAAUCGGCAGAACCCACCCCGACGAAUGGAUCCGGCGCGCGGAGCCCGAGUUUUCUCUCGACUUUCCGAUUCGAUGAGUCAAAGCCCUGGACGAAGGCGCUGAUUACGGUGGCGAGGGCGAUGGAUUUGAGAAAUAAGCGCGUCCGCUCCGCCUUCCUCCAUGUCGGCCUUGUCAUCCUGUGCGUCUCCUACAUUCUGAUCGGGGCUCAAAUUUUCCUCCUCAUCGAACGCCCGGUGGAGCAGCGAGCGCGUACGGAUGCGACGCGACGUUUCGGGCAGCUAAAAGAUGACCUAAUCUCGAAUAUUUCGCUUGGAAUUGGGAAUUUCGAUCGGUUGAUGGACGCGUAUACAAAGGAAAUGUUGAGAAUGUUCGACGAAGAACCCUUCGCCCUCCAAACGUUCGAAACGCUCGACAGAAACGGCUCCGAGACGGAGGUCCAGUGGUCCUACGCCGGUGCAGUCCUAUUUACGAGCACUACGGUAAUCCCUGUCGGCUACGGCUUCAUAGCUCCUUCAACGUCUUUCGGGCGAGCAUUUGUCAUAAUUUACGGCAUGAUCGGCAUCCCGUUGGCCCUGGUCACGAUGGCCGACGCCGGCAAGUUCCUCUCCAAAUUCGUGCUCGACUUCUUUGAGGAGAGCCUCGUGAUCCCGACGAUCAUGUUCACCUCGUUCCUCGUCGUCUACCCGCUGCUUGGCGGGCUGCUGUUCAACUUGUGGACAGGAAUGUCAGCCCUCGACUCGAUCUACUUCUCUUUGACCUCAAUUUUUACGAUUGGUUUUGGCGAUAUUAUGCCGGAUGUCGACGUGAUGGCCCUAGUCCUCUUCAACAUCAUUGGCGUCAUCCUGGUGACGAUUUCGGUGGAAUGGGUAGCCGCCGAGGCGAUCAACAACAUCCACUACAUGGGUCGCCAGGUCGGCAAGGCGAGGCUGCUAGCUGAGAAGAUGAUGCAUAUAGCCCAGUCGUUGAGCGUCAACAAGGGCAUCGGGGCGGGGAUGACGCAGCUGCACGCGCUCGCCAAGUUCGGCAUGUUCGCCAAGUUUGACGCUCAUAUGGCCGCCGCAGGGGCUGGAGGAGCUCAGGGACCACCGAAAAUCGCGGCUUUUGCCCCCGAACUUGACGAGGAUGACGAGUUGGUUUACAUGGACCACGGCGUCCCAACGGACAUUAGAGCCUCCAAACUACAGCUGGAUUUGUAUAAUUUG